UCCACGCGAUUUAGAAAACAUAUUGCUACGACUUUGCAAUUAAUGACAAUGCAGCCGCAUGAAAUAGAGCAAGUAGCAACCUUUAUGGGGCACACGCGAAAAACUCAUGCUCAGUUUUAUAGGUUGCCUCAAGACAUUUUUCAGACUGCUAAAGUCGCAAAAGUUCUCCUUUUGCUAGAAAAAGGGAAAGGAAAAGUGUUUAAAGGAAAAUGCUUAAGUGAAAUUGAAAUUGAAGAAGAAGCUUCUAUUUUAGAAUCUAGUGACGAUGACGCACCAACUAAAAAACAUACUGAAUCAUCAAUUACACAAAUAAAUCAGAAACCCCAAUCAUCUGAACAAAUAUAUAACGCACCAACAUUUAUUAUGUCUUCAGAAGACAUACAACAAACUAAUCUCGAAACCGAAAAAACAAAUUGUGCAAAAGACGUUUUACACGUACCGGAAAAAUCAUCUCAAAAUAAAGGUCGCGCUAAAUGGAACAGCAAAGAGAAAAAGUUAGUAUUGAACUAUUUUAAAAGUCAUUUAGAAGAAAAAAUAACUCCCAAGAAACACGAGUGCGAAGAGUAUGUUGCUAAAUAUCGGAAUAAUAUAACAAUUACUGACUGGGUAAAAAUAAAAACUUUUUUUCAAUGCCACUAAAAAAUAAAAAUUGAUCAUAUUUUUUGAUUUUAUCUAAUGACGACAAAUAAUUUUUGAUUUCAUCGAAAUCAUAACAUCACGUUUGAUGAGCCAACUCCGUUAAAGCACGCACGCUAAAAAAGCGCUCCUGACGAAAUUAAAUGUGUAUCGCAAUGAAUAUAAAUUCAACCCAAAGAGAUUGGCAAUGUUGCCGUUUUUCCUGGCUUCGCAGAAGCGAGGACAUCUAUAUACAUCGGGCGAUCCAAAUAUACACGUGUAUAUUUGGAAGCACCACCUGGUGGCGAUCUCUGUCAACUACACGUGUAUAUUUUGAGAUGUGUAACACCAUUAGGAAGCCCAUGCCUUGUUUAAAUAACUUUAAAUAUAUGGCUUCGGGUUGAGCAUUCAGGCAAACAGUUUUCUGCAUUGUGUAGACAACACUAAAUUCAAUCCCAUAGCCUAGUUGCUAUUUUAAUAGAUGUCACUAUAUCUUGGUAUUUUCAGUUAUACACACGAAAAUUUACGACGCCCGUUUUAGGCCACGCAAA